GUGUGCGGGCUUUUGUUCCAAGACCAUGGCAUCGCUUAGCAACCAUCGCCCGCGAACCCCCAACGUUAACAGCAGAAGUCCACAAGAGAAGCAGAAGACGAAGAAGAAGAAGAAUUAGAAGAUGAAGCAGUAAGAAGAGGAAGGAAUUAGGAGAGGAAGAAGUUAUAACAGGAGGAGGAGGAGCAACAGCAGCAUUCAUGGUGCUCUCGGAAUAGAAAAUAAGUUCGGUUGUGUCGGGAGCAGCUUCAGCGGUGCCGAGGGGAAACGGAGACACUGCGAAGAGACCAAAAGGGAAGGGGAGGGAGGAGGGAGGGAAAGGGGUUUGAGAGUCAUCGCGAUGAUGGAUUGGCUGGGGUUAAGGUCGAGUUGGAAGUGGAGGAAGUUUGCAGGAAUUAUAUGAGAGUGUAGUUGCAGGCUUGGCGUUGGUGCGCGUGCACUGGUGGUGGAGGUGCAGGUGCAGGUGGAGUGGCGCGACCUAGUGUUGUUUGAUUUUUGAUUUUUGAUUUUUUUUUUGUGCGUGUGCGUUUGUGGGUGGAGAACGAGGUGGUGGUUGUGGCGGUGGCGGUGAUGGUGGAGGUGGACGUGGAGGUGUUGUAUGGGGUGUUGCUGUUUUUUGGCGCUUGAGUUUGGCUGACGUGCGAUUCUCUGAGGCGGUUUGGAGGCCCGCGGGGCUCGGGCUACCAUGAUUCCCAUCGCCAAUUUCGAGCAGCAUGCUCGAAGGUUUCUUGAGCAGGACCUUUCUAUGCAAAACAGAUUAACCCUUGCCACUGAAGUCCGAGACAGCAUAGAGAUUGUGCACACAUCUGAGUACCUGAACUUCCUCAAGAGCUACUUUGUCGUUUUCUCAAAUCUCUUAACAAAGAUUACGAAGCCUCAAGCCACCGAUAAUGUGGAGCACAAGCUUCGCAACGUCGUCAUUGAAAUUCUCAAUCGGCUACCUCACAGUGAGGUUCUUCGCCUUUUUGUGCAAGACCUACUGAAGCUCUCUAUGCAUGUUCUGGCGUGCGACAACGAGGAGAAUGGUUUGAUUUGCUUACGAAUUAUUUUCGACCUUCACAAAAACUUUCGGCCUGCUCUUGAACCAGAUGUGCAGCAGUUUCUCGACUUUGUACGGGAGAUUUACCAGAAUUUUAGGGCGACCGUAACUUACUUCUUUGAAGAAUCAAGUGCCCCAGAUGUGCAGCUGGCAGCUGCGCAUCACAACCUUGGAUACAUGGGACAAAUGAGGUCACCAGCUGGAGGUCCGAUGUCUGGACAGCUUAAUCAAAGCACCCGAUCGUUCAAAGUGGUCACUGAGUGCCCUUUGAUUGUGAUGUUUCUUUUUCAAUUAUAUCCCCGUUAUGUUCCGACAAAUAUUCCUCUGUUGCUUCCUCUCAUGGUGAGUGCUAUUGGAAUUCCUGGGCCGACUGAAGUACCUCCAACCUUGAAGAAUGUCUACGCAGAAUUGAAAGGAGCGCAAGUCAAGACUGUCUCCUUUCUGACUUACUUACUGCGGAGCUUUGCUGAUUGCAUUCGUCCUCAUGAAGAUAGCAUCUCAAAAAGUAUUGUGAGCUUGCUUGUCAGCUGCCCCGAUUCUGUGUCAAUCCGCAAGGAACUUUUAGUUGCCACUCGUCAUGUGCUUGCCACGGACUUUAGGAGAGGAUUUUUCCCGCAGAUAGACACACUUCUUGACGAGAGGGUUUUAGUUGGAACGGGCAGGGCGUGCUAUGAAACGCUGAGGCCUCUAGCAUACAGCCUUCUAGCAGAGCUCAUCCACCAUGUCCGAUUGGACCUUUCUCUUCCACAGCUCUCUCGAAUUGUUUAUCUAUUUUCUAGGAAUGUGCACGAUUCGUCUCUUCCUCUUAGUGUGCAGACAACGUGCGUUCGUCUCAUGUUGAAUCUGGUGGAGACAAUUUUUGGACGAAGAGUUGAUCACUUGAGUAGAGAAGAAGGGCGAGCUCUUCUUGGUCGAAUUCUGGAUGCAUUUGUCAGUAAAUUUGGAACGCUGAAACACAGUAUUCCUCAGUUACUAGAGGAGGAUGGAGAAGAUAGGAAAGAACGGCGUACAUUGCGUUCUAGGCUGGAGCUUCCUGUGCAGGCGGCCUUGAAUCUGCAAGUACCACCAGAGCAUUCUAAGGAAGUCAUGGAUUGCAAGCAGCUUUUGAAAACUCUUAUAAUGGGAAUGAAGACUCUGGUUUGGAGCAUCACUCACUUCAAUGCAACACCAUUGCCCCAGAUGAAUAAUGCUCCUGUACCUGUUAAAGGCAUGAGAGAGGAAGAGGUUCGCCUUGCAUCAGGAAUUUUAAAGAGUGGCCUUCAUUGCUUGGCUCUCUUCAAGGAGAAAGACGAAGAGAAAGAAAUGUAUACUCACUAUUCUUCAGUUUUUGCUGUGAUGGAGCACCGUAAUCUCAUGGACAUGUUCUCGCUCUGCAUGCCUCAGUUGUUUGAUUGCAUGCUCGCCAACCUCCAGCUUCUCCAGAUUUUCUCGACUCUUCUAUACACUCCCAAGGUUACCAAGCAUUUUGCAGAUGUGUUGGUGAAUUAUUUGGUUACUAGCAAGUUAGAUACAUUGAAGCAGCCGGAUACUCCUGCAGCAAAACUCGUGUUGCAGCUUUUUCGAUACCUCUUUGUUGCUGUGGCUAAGUUUUCAGCUGAUUGUGAGCGGGUGCUACAACCCCAUGUUAUAACACUUAUGGAGUCGUGCAUGAAAAAUGCCACGGAAGUGGAAAAACCACUUGGAUACAUGCAACUGCUGCGUACAAUGUUUCGAGCACUUUCUGGAGGAAAAUUUGAAUUGCUAUUUCGGGAGUUCAUUCCAACAUUGCAACCAUGCCUUAAUAUGCUGCUUGCUAUGGUGGAAGGUCCGACUGGUUUGGACAUGAUAGAUCUAGUGGUUGAGCUUUGUCUCACUCUCCCUGCCCGUCUAAGUUCUCUGCUUCCUCACCUGCAUAGGUUAAUGAAGCCCUUAGUGCUGGCGUUAGGAGGGAGUGACGAGCUUGUUGCACUAGGCUUGCGAACACUUGAAUUCUGGAUCGACAGCCUUAAUCCAGAAUUUUUGGAGCCUAGCAUGGCGACGGUGAUGUCAGAUCUCAUACUAACUCUCUGGUCGCACCUUCGACCAAAGCCCUAUCUUUGGGGUGGCAAGGCCCUUCAAUUGUUGGGCAAAUUAGGUGGCCGUAAUCGUCGUUUUCUUAAAGAACCUUUGUCUCUUGAAUGCAAAGAGAAUCCUGAACACGGGCUUCGUCUAAUUCUGACGUUUGAGCCCACAACAUCCUUCCUUGUGCCGCUAGACAGGUGUAUAUAUCUUGCUCGAGCUGCUGUUAUGGGGACACAGGUUGGAGUAGACUCUUUCUAUCGGAAGCAUGCCCUGAAAUUUUUGAGAGUGUGCUUGGCUUCUGUGUUGAACCUGAAGGGAAAUGUUGGAGGAGAAGGAGUUACCCCUGGGCAGCUCAGCACAAUGUUUAUCACAUCAGUUGAUCCUUCUCGACGCAGAGCAGAGAAUCCAAACGUGAAGGGUGAUUUGGGAGUGAAGACGAAGACGCAGCUUAUGGCUGAAAGAAGUGUGUUUAAAGUGCUUCUCAUGACGGUCAUUGCAGCGAGUAUGGAGCUGGAGCUGCAAGAUGGAAAAGAUGAUUUUGCAGCCAACAUUUGCCGCCACUUCGCAAUGAUAUUCCAUGUGGAAUCAGCUGCUAACAAUCCUGGAGGAAAUUCUGGCCCUCACACUGUUACGGCUUCUGGUGUACCAAACGCUAGAACACGCAGCAACCGGGCUCAAGCAAACCUUAAAGAACUUGAUCCUCUCAUAUUUCUUGACGCGCUUGUUGCAGUAUUGGCUGAUGAAAAUCGAGCGCAUGCAAAGGCGGCUUUAAAUGGACUUAAUAUCUUCGCUGAGACCUUACUACUCCUAGCACGUUCUAAGCAUACAGGUAUUCUUACUCCUAGAGGGGUGAGCACCCCCGGAACUCCCAUGAGUGUGUCGAGCCCGUCAAUGAAUCCAGUGUAUUCUCCUCCUCCUGGUGUGAGAGUACCUGUUUUUGAGCAACUUCUUCCUCGCCUCUUGCACUGUUGCUAUGGUAGCACAUGGCAAGCGCAGAUGGGAGGUGUUAUUGGGCUUGGGGCGUUGGUUGGGAAGGCUACAGUGGAGAUGUUAUGCCAGUUUCAGGUUCGGGCUGUGAGGGCACUGAUUUAUGUGUUAAAACGGUUGCCCCCGCAUGCUAAUGCUGAGCAGGAGGAGGCAAGUCAAGUUCUAAAUCAAGUACUAAGAGUCGUGAACAAUGUGGAAGAGAACAACAGUGAGCCUCGUAGACAAAGCUUCCUAGGGGUUGUCGAAGUACUUGCGGGGGAGCUGUUUAACUCGAACGCUAGUUAUAUUGUUCGAAAAAAUGUACAAUCAUGCCUUGCACUUUUGGCCAGUCGGACAGGUAGUGAGGUUUCAGAAUUGCUGGAACCCCACUAUCAGCCUCUUCUGACUCCACUGGUCUACAAGCCUCUCCGGAGUAAGCAUGCUGAACAGCAGGUUGGCACAGUGAUGGCUCUAAAUUUCUGCCUUGCUCUACGACCUCCACUGCUGAAGAUGAGACAGGAGCUGAGCAACAUUCUUCAGGAAUCAUUGCAGAUUGCAGAGGCGGAUGAGUCAGUUCUUAAUGGCAAGUUUAUGAAUCCCAAAAUGGCUGCCACACUGACUAAAUUACGAACUGUAUGUAUAGAACUUUUGUGUACAGCUAUGGCAUGGGCAGAUUUUAAGACCCAAAGCCAUGCCGAGUUACGGUCACGAAUCAUUGCAAUGUUUUUCAAGUCACUUACUUGUCGUACACCUGAAAUUGUUGCGGUUGCGAAGGAGGGUCUUCGUCAGGUCAUCCAGCAACAGAAAAUGCCAAAGGAGCUGCUUCAAAGCAGCCUUCGUCCUAUUCUUGUGAACUUAGCGCAUUACAAGAACUUGACAAUGCCGCUAUUACAGGGUUUGGCUCGUUUGCUUGAGCUUCUCUCUAAUUGGUUCAAUGUUACUCUUGGCGAAAAACUAAUGGAACACCUUAAGAAGUGGCUGGAACCUGAGAAACUCUCUUCAUCACAGAAAUCUUGGAAGGCUGGCGAGGAACCUAAAAUUGCUGGAGCAAUAAUUGAACUUUUCCAUCUGCUCCCACCAGCAGCUCAGAAGUUCUUGGACCAACUGGUGACCUUGACUAUGCAGUUGGAAGCUGCGCUUCCUCCAAGUCAGGUCUACAGUGAAUUGAAUAGCCCUUACCGUUUGCCACUCACUAAGUUUCUGAAUCGCUAUGCACCUGAAGCCGUGGAUUACUUCCUUGGCCGCCUCACGCAGCCAACCGUGUUUCGACGGUUCAUGGAUAUUAUCCAAUCAGAAGGAGGACAACCUUUACGGGAGGAGCUUGCUCGUUCUCCCAAUAAAAUUAUUCAGAGCGCGUUUCCAGCUGUUGAGGAGAAUGCUGCUGCUUUAAUACCGGCAGGUGGGGCCGAAGCCGGAGUUGGUCCGGCGGAAGCUGGUGUCCAGGCGACAGCUGAGGCUCAGUUUCAAGGGGUUGCUCUUGUAUCUGCAUUAGUUAAGCUUUUGCCGGAUUGGUUGCAUCAAAACCGCGCAGUUUUCGAUGCUUUAGUGAGGCUAUGGCAGUCCCCUGCUCGGCAAGCCCGCUUAAUUAAUGAACAGGGCCUGAGUUUAAAUCAGGUGAAGGAAAGCAAGCGUUUAGUGAAGUGCUUUUUGAAUUACCUAAGGCAUGACAAGGCUGAGGUCAAUGUUCUCUUUGAGAUGCUGUCCAUAUUCUUGGUGCGGACACGGAUUGAUUACACCUUCCUGAAAGAAUUUUACAUGGUCGAGGUUGGAGAAGGGUAUUCCCCACAAGAGAAGAAAGCAGUGCUGCUUUGCUUUCUGGAGCUUUUUCAGACAAAAAGACUGCCCCAGGAUGUCUUGGUGGUAGCCAUGCAGAUGCUCAUUUUGCCAAUGCUUACUCAUUCCUUCCAACAGAAUCAGUGCUGGGAUGUAGUGGACGCAACUAUUAUCAAAACCAUCAUUGAGAAGCUUCUAGAUCCUCCUGAGGAAGUCAGUGCAGAUUAUGACGAGUCUUUGCGCAUUGAGUUGCUCCAAUUAGCUACUCUUCUGCUUAAGCAUCUUCCAAGCGAUCUUGUUCACCAUCGCAAGGAGCUUAUCAAAUUUGGCUGGAAUCAUCUGAAACGGGAAGAAAGUGCUAGCAAGCAGUGGGCAUUUGUGAAUGUGUGUCAGUUUUUGGAGGCAUAUCAAGCUCCGGAAAAAAUAAUUUUACAGGUAUUCGUAGCUCUCUUACGAACUUGUCAACCUGAGCAUCGUGUUCUGGUUAAGCAAGCUCUCGACAUUUUGAUGCCUGCUCUUCCGCGACGUCUGCCCCUCGGUGAAAAUAAGAUACCCAUAUGGAUUCGCUACACCAAGAAGAUUCUGGUGGAAGAAGGACAUUCAGUGCCGAACUUAAUACAUAUCUUCCAGCUUUUGGUCCGGCAUGCUAAUUUGUUCUAUAACUGUCGUGCUCAAUUUGUUCCCCAGAUGGUGAAUUCGCUGAGCAGACUUGGCUUACCACAGAACACCCCAUUAGAGAAUCGGCGUCUUGCCAUUGAUCUUGCUGGUUUGGUUGUGAUGUGGGAGAAGCGGAGGCAGGCGGAAGCCAAAGGAAGCAGUACAGAAGGAGAUGGACAAAGUAAGUCUGCAGGUGCAGAAGGACAGGUUCCUGCUGAAGCAAUUGCAGCUGGUGGAGCACCUUCAGGAACAAAACGAACAGCUGAAGCUGCAGGGUUAACGGGAGUUGGAGAUGAGGCAAGUAAACGAACAAAGUCAGAGUCUGGAUUGCCUGGUCUUGCCGGAAUGUCUCCCAAUUUACCCACAGGUCCCACCAAUUCUAUUCCCAAUAUUGGCACUCCUGGUUCUAUGGGGCAGGCUGACGAGGAGUUCAAGCCUAAUGCAGCAAUGGAGGAGAUGAUUAUCAAUUUUUUAAUACGGGUGGCCUUGGUUACUGAACCCAAGGAUAAAGAAACACAGGCAAUGUAUAAACAAGCACUGGAGCUUUUGACGCAAGCACUUGAGGUUUGGCCACAUGCAAAUGUGAAGUUCAAUUAUUUGGAGAAAAUAUUGUCUGCACAACAACCAGCUGGACAAAGCAAGGAUCCAGCCACCGCAUUGGCACAAGGGCUCGACGUCAUGAACAAGGCAGUGGAGAAGCAGCCACAUUUGUUUAUUCGGAAUAACGUCCAUCAUAUUAUCCAGGUGCUGGAACCUUCUUUUAAUUGCAAGUUGCCGGAGAUUGGUAAUUCACUUUGUACUUUGCUGAAGAUGGUGUUUGAAGCAUUUCCAGUGGAUGCUUCAGACACUCAUCAGGAUGUGAAGCUUUUGCAUCAGAAGGUCGAGGAGCUUAUUCAGAAGCAGUUGACGACUGUGACGUCUAAUCCAACACAGCCGCCUGUUGAAGCUUCAGUUAUUAAUGUCAUGAUCAGUUUCACGCUCAACGUAUUGAAGACGCUUGUGGCUGGGAACAAGCAGUAUGUUGAUAAAUUUAUGUUGUAUUUGGUGCGAGUUUUCCACCGUCUUGCGCGCGAAAUGGCCACAACAUCUGCACAGCUUGCGCGUCAGCAGGGGCACAGGCCGGAGGCUGAUGCGACGAAUCAAACAGGACGCGGGUCAGCGGACCUUUCGCUAUCUGUUAAUAACCUAAAGACACUCAUGAAGCUCAUUAGUGAGCGGGUUUUAUUAUUGCCCGAGUCCAAACGUUUAUUUUGUCAGAUGCUUCCAACUGUUCUCGGGGAGAAGGGCACUGAUACUGGGGUACUGCUUGCAAUCCUGGAACUAGUAAGAGACUGGGUGGAACAUGACUUUAAGGGAUCUAAUCAGGUUGCCUCCACAGCUCCCCUGGUUAUCAAAGAUGUGGUGGCCUUCAUGCAGCGUUUGGCUCAAGUCGAUUGUUCUGGUAUGACUCCAGCCGUAUUGGAGGAGUGGGAUCGGAUGUACCUUAAGUUACUGCAUCGGCUGUGUUCAGAUACAACAAAGUACAACUUGUCUGUUAGGCAAGAAGUUUUUCAGAAGGUUGAACGACAGUUCAUGCUGGGAUUACGAUCUCGAGAUCCUGAGAUGCGACAGAAGUUUUUCACCCUUUAUCACGAUUCCAUCAGCAAAACUUUGUUUACCCGAUUGCAAUACAUUAUUCAAACUCAAGAAUGGGAAGCUUUAAGCGACGUUUUCUGGCUCAAACAGUGUCUUGAUCUGUUGCUUGCCAUCCUAGUGGAACAUGAGCCCAUCACACUUGCUCCGAAUUCUGCCCAGGUUCCUCCGUUAAUGGCUUCAGGAGUAGUUCCAGAACGAGCAGGAAUGCAACUGCAGGCUUGUGAUCCACCAGACGAAUCUGAUGGAGCUACGCCCACAUUCAUGGGAAUUGUUAACAAGCAUGCUCGAUUUUUAAAUGAAGUUAGCAAACUUCAGGUGGCUGAUCUGGUGAUGCCGCUCAGAGAACUUGCACAUACAGAUGCUCAUGUUGCUUAUCACAUGUGGGUGCUGGUGUUUCCCAUUGUCUGGGCAACUCUUCAAAAAGAGGAGCAGGUUAUGCUUGCCAAACCGAUGAUAACUUUGCUUUCCAAGGAGUAUCACAGCAAGCAGCUGGAUAAACGACCUAAUGUAGUUCAGGCCUUGCUGGAAGGCCUGUCCCUUAGUCAACCACAGCCUAAGAUUCCUAGUGAAUUGAUCAAGUUUCUGGGGAAAACCUACAAUGCCUGGCAUAUAGCAAUAUCCUUACUCGAGAGUCAUGUGAUGUUGUUUCCACAGGAAACACGUUGUUUUGAUGCUCUAGCGGAGCUUUAUCGUAUGCUGAAUGAAGAAGAUGUCAGAUAUGGGCUGUGGAAGCGACGGACGAUUACUGCGGAUACAAGAGCUGGUCUUUCAUUACUACAACAUGGCUUGUGGCAACGAGCUCAGGAUGUUUUCUACAAUGCAAUGAACAAGGCAACACAGGGUUCAUACAAUGCCGGAGUAGUUUCUAAGGCUGAAAUGUGUCUCUGGGAGGAACAAUGGGUUGCUUGCGCUAAACGUCUCAGUCAAUGGGACAUACUAGUGGAUUUUGGUCGAAGUGUUGAAAAUUAUGAUAUUUUGCUUGAUACUCUCAUUAAAGUUCCAGAUUGGACCUUGUUGAAGGAGACUGUCUUGCCCAAGGCGCAGGUUGAUGAAUCACCCAAAUUCCGCAUGGUACAGGCAUAUGUGGCUCUGAACGACGGUAGUUUAGCCAGUGUGACUGAGGCUGAUGGACGGGUUGGUCAAGGGGUCGAGCUGGCUCUUCACCAAUGGUGGCAAUUGCCAGAAAUGGCUGUACAAUCUCACAUUCCCCUUUUGCAGCAGUUUCAACAAUUGGUGGAACUACAGGAAUCAGCACGAGUGCUUUUAGAGAUUGGAAAUGGAAACAAACCCCAGCCUCAAGGAUCUGGGCAAGUGGCAGGAAUUCAGGGGCCUGCUGGUGCUUAUGUUGAUUUGAAGGAUAUUUUGGAAACAUGGCGUUUACGAACACCUAAUGAAUGGGAUGAACUGACGGUUUGGAUGGAUCUACUACAGUGGCGUAAUCACAUGUAUAAUACAGUGAUUAAUGCCUUCAAGGGCUUUUCAGAAACAAAUCCCCAAUUGCACCAACUGGGUUUCCGUGACAAGGCAUGGAGUGUAAACAAGCUUGCUUAUGUGGCUCGUAGACAAGGGCUAUACGAAGUGUGCGUCAGUGUGUUGAACAAGAUGUACGGCUUUCUCACGAUGGAGGUGCAGGAAGCGUUUGUUAAAAUACGGGAGCAAGCAAAGGCGUAUCUAGAGAUGAAAGGAGAAUUAGCGAGCGGAUUGAGUCUCAUUAAUACUACGAACUUGGAAUAUUUUCCUCUGCAGCACAAAGCAGAGAUUUUCCGACUGAAAGGGGAUUUUUUGCAGAAGAUGAAUGACAUGGAGAAUGCAAAUCAAGCGUAUUGUACUGCCAUUUCUCUCUACAAGCAUCUGCCGAAGGGGUGGAUAAGCUGGGGCAAUCAUUGUGAUCAGGUGUACAAGGAAACUAAUGAAGAUCUGUGGCUAGAAUAUGCUGUGAGCUGCUUUUUACAAGGCAUCAAGUACGGUAGCAAGCACGGGCGUAACCACUUAGCUAGAGUUCUCUUUUUGCUAAGUUUUGAUAAUCAGACUGGUUCAGUGAGCAAGGCUUUCGAUAAGUACUGUGAUUCUAUACCCCAGUGGGUCUGGCUUGCUUGGAUUCCGCAAUUGCUGCUGUCCCUUCAGAGGCCUGAGGCAGCGAGCUGUAAGAAUGUUAUAUUGAAGCUUGCGGCUGUUUUUCCACAGGCUCUGUAUUAUUGGCUACGCACGUAUUUAUUGGAGCGUCGUGACAUCGCUAACAAACCAGAUAUGAUGAGGGGCACUUCAAACCGAACUUUGGCACAGGUUUCGUCUACAAAUGUAUCAAAUUUUGCGAACUCAUCUGAUGUGGCUGCUUCGCCUGCAACCAACAGCAAUGAUACCUCCUCUAGCAUUCAGAUGCCAUUGUCUAACUCAGGCACUCAGGGGAACCAAGGGGGAUCUGCAUCGUUGCAGAGUGGUACUGAAUCAUCUACAAUAACUGGGCAAGAAACAGAGAGGGGGAGCUCUGUUGGAGAGCCUUCUGGCUCCAACAUCUCUGGGACAUCAAUGCCUGGGGAACAUCAGACAUUGCGCAGGUUGAAUAGUGCCACUUGGCCUAAUAGUCCAACUGGACCAUCACCUGCAGUUGGGGCAUUUGAAGCUGCCAAGGACAUUAUGGAGGCCUUGAGAACGAAGCAUACGAAUUUAGCGAAUGAACUGGAGGUGAUGUUAACCGAGAUUGGUGCACGAUUUGUACCACUUCCUGAGGAACGACUGUUAGCUGUAGUUCAUGCACUAUUACACAGAUGUUACAAGUAUCCAACAGCCACUACAGCAGAGGUUCCUCAAUCUUUGAAGAAGGAACUAGCUGGAGUUUGUCGUGCAUGUUUUUCAGUAGACACUAUCAAUAAGCACGUUGACUUUGUCACUGAAUAUAAGCGAGAAUUUGAAAGAGACCUCGACCCUGAUAGUGCAAGCACAUUUCCCGCAACGCUAGCUGAGUUGACUGAAAAGUUGAAGACUUGGAAAGGAGUUCUGCAAAGCAAUGUGGAGGAUAGGCUUCCAGCAGUAUUGAAGUUGGAAGAGGAAAGUCGCAGUCUGCGGGAGUUUCAUGUUCUGGAUAUUGAAGUUCCAGGUCAAUAUUUCAACGAUCAGGAAGUAGCCCCUGACCAUACAGUAAAGCUGGACCGGAUAGGAGCGGAUGUCCCAAUCGUUCGUCGUCAUGGCAGCAGCCAUCGGAGGCUCACUUUGGUGGGCAAUGAUGGAUCGCAAAAACACUUUUUGGUGCAGACCUCAUUGACCCCAAGUGCACGCAGUGAUGAGCGCAUGGUGCAGCUCUUCAGAGUGCUUAACCGCUUGCUUGACAAGCACAAGGAGUCUCGGCGUCGCCAUCUAGCUUUCAACACUCCUAUCAUUAUUCCAGUGUGGCCUCAGGUCCGAUUGGUGGAAGACGACUUGAUGUACAGUACAUUUGGAGAAGUUUAUGAAAUUAAUUGUGCUCGCUAUGGUCGAGAAGCAGACCUUCCAAUCACUCACUUUAAGGAGCGAUUGAAUCAGGCUAUUACUGGACAACUCAAUCUUGAGGCUCUGGUCGACCUUAGGCUACACACUUAUAACGAAAUCACUAACAGAUUUGUUAGCGAGAACGUCUUUUCUCAAUUUAUGUAUAAAACUUUACCGACCUGCAACCAUCUUUGGACUUUUAAGAAGCAGUUUGCUGUUCAACUGGCGCUAUCAGGAUUCAUGUCAUACAUGCUGCAGAUUGGAGGGCGGUCGCCUAACAAAAUUCUUUUUGCAAAGAAUACGGGCAAAGUCUUUCAAAAUGAUUUCCACCCUGCUUACGAUAUACAUGGUAUGGUAGAGUUUGCAGAGCCUGUUCCUUUCAGACUCACACGUAACCUGCAGACAUUUUUUACCCCCUUCGGUGUCGAAGGACUAUUUAUAUCUUCAAUGUGUGCUGCAGCACAGGCUGUUGUUGCUCCUAAGAACCAGCACGUUAAACACCAGCUAGCAAUGUUUUUCAGAGAUGAGCUCAUCUCGUGGUCAUGGAGAAGACCACCAGGACCGUCGCCCGCGAAUGGUACUGCCGGAGGAAUGAGCUCAGCAGAGUUGAAAACCAAAGUAGCUGAGAAUGUGGAGCAAGUUAUCACUCGUGUUCAGAAAAUUGCACCUCAAUGCUUCCCUGAGGAGGAAGAGAAUUCAACAGAACCUCCUCAAUCUGUGCAACGGGGAGUGUCCGAUCUUGUUGAUGCAGCUUUGAGGCCCAAAAGCCUUUGUAUGAUGGAUCCUACUUGGCAUCCUUGGUUCUAGUUUUCCAUUCUUUUAGAUGAAGAUCGUAGGUUUCAAGACAGGUUAUGUAGAUAUCAACGUCGAUGCAGUAGCAUAGAACUGUAGUUGGUACAAGAGCUAUGAGGUGGUACCUUUUGCCUUGUUCACCUCUUGUGGUGUCAACCACAGCUAAUGCGGUCGAGUCACUGCGUUUGUAAAAUCUCCAAUGCUUUGUGUCAGGGUACGGAUUGACAGGACUCUUGGAAUAGAUUGGUUAGAAACUGCAGAUGUAUGGAGGUGAUUUGUAGGAAGUGGGUUUCUCAAUUCAGGGUGGGAAGAAAUAUUAACCGAUAAAGAGCUUGCCUUGGUUCAAUUUUUUGGCUAAUGUAAUGAAUGUAAUGACCA